AGUGGUGCCGCAGCCCCCCCGGCACGUGACUCUGUUGGGGCGAGGCUCUGAUUGGCUGGAGCUGGGCUGGGAGCCGGGGGAGGGGGAGAGCCCUGUGAGCACGUGCAGGGUGCAGGCGGAGGCCGGCGGGCGCGUGCACGAGCGCGCGGCCCCGCUGCCCCCCCCCCGCCCUGCGGCUCGGGGGGCUCCGCCCCUUCACGCGCUACCGGGUGCGCGUGCGCUGUGGCCCCUCCCCCUGGAGCCAAUGGGAGAGCGCCGAGACCCUGGAGGGGGCCCCAGGCUCCCCCCCCUCCAACGUGACGCUGGAGCGCGCGGGGGGGCGCGCGCGCGCGCGCUGGGCGCCCCCUAGCGGCGCCCUCAAUGGUGCGCUCCGGGGCUACCGACUGCGCUAUGGGGGGGACCGGGACCCACAGGUGGAGCUGGAUGUGGGGCUGGCGCAGGAGCAGAGCCUGGAGCUGCAGCAGAAUCUAUGGGUCCGGGUGGCCCCAUACACGGGGGGGGGUGAAGGGCCCUGGAGCCCCACAGUGUGGCUGCCGCCAGUUGGAGAGACACCGCUGGAGACACAGCCUGUGUCCCUUCCCGCUGCCCAUUGGCCACCAGCAGUGGCCGCAGUGGCUGUGCUGGCACUGGUGGCUCUGCUGGCCCUGGGGCUGCUGGGAGCCCGAGCAUGGAGGAGGAAGAAGCCCCAUUAUGGUGUGGCCUUUGCCCCCCAUGGGGAGCCUGUGGGCUGCAGUUCCGGGUGCGCAGCUCCUACAGCCGCCGAUCAACCAAUGCCUUGUUGUCCCGCCUGGGCAUCAGUGAGGAGCUGCAGGAGAAGCUUCGGGAUGUGACCUUGGAUCGGCACCGCCUGGCGCUGGGCAAGACCCUGGGAGAAGGUGAGUUUGGCUCCGUCGUGGAGGGGCAGCUGCAGCAGGAGAGCGGAGUCCUUAGGGUGGCCGUGAAGAGCAUGAAGGUUCCCAUGUGCAGCCGGGCGCAGCUGGAGCAGUUCCUGAGUGAAGCCGCCUGCAUGAAGGAGUUCGAGCACCCAAACGUGAUGGGGCUGAUCGGUGUGUGCCUGCAGCCCUGGGGGGAGGGGUCUCUCCCCGCCCCCAUCGUUGUGCUCCCGUUCAUGGCUCAUGGGGACCUGCACAGCUUCCUGCUGCAGGCACGGCUGGGGCAGCCCCCGAGGGCUCUGUCUCCAGGGAUGCUGCUGUGCUUCCUACGGGACAUUGCUGCUGGGAUGGAAUAUCUGAGCCUGAGGAACUUCAUCCAUAGGGACCUGGCGGCGAGGAACUGCAUGCUGGACGCGCGGCUGCGGGUGCUGGUGGCAGACUUCGGGCUGGCCAAGCGCCUGGGGGAGGGGCAGUAUUACCGCCAGGGCCGCGUGGCUCCAGUACCCGUCAAGUGGGUGGCACUGGAGAGCCUGGAGAGCCGGGUCUACAGCACCAAGAGUGAUGUGUGGUCGUUCGGGGUGACGAUGUGGGAGGUCCUGGCGCGCGGCCGAACCCCCUACCCGGGGCUGGAGAACGGGGACGUGUACGAGUACCUGAGGGGGGGGCAGCGGCUGAGAGCACCCCCGGACUGCCCCCCGGAGCUGUACUCGCUCAUGCUCCGCUGCUGGGCCGCAGACCCUCGGGCCAGACCAAGCUUCACGGAGCUGGGGGGGGCGCUGAGAGCCCUGCCCCCCCCCGCCCCCCUCUACGUCAACAUGGGGGAGGGGGGGGCGGCGGGGGGGGGAGGGGAGGGGGGGGGCAAGGAGGUGGAGGGGGUACAGGGGUGA